CAAACAAGUAGUAUAAGUCAACAUCAAGCCAAACAAUGUUUUUUUUUUUUAGUUUUUUUUAGUUUUUGCAGAUUCCACUGCGAGGCGUUAUUGUAUGCUGCAUACUGCUGCAUACAGAAAUUCUAACCACACUAGAAGCAUAUGAAUAAAUGUGAAAAUUGAGUUAAUUGACAUAAUAUUAUCCAAAAAUUUAUAGUUUUAUAUUGAUUAUCAUAUAAAUAUUCAUUUACACAAAUAAACGUAUAUUUGUGCUGUGUUUUUAACAAUUCUUUUAUCAUAAAAGUCAAAUCUAAUUUAGGUUAAUUUGUGUGUAAAUAUAAUUUUUAAAGAAUUCUUAUUUUUUUAAAAUGAAGACAGCGCGAUAUAAAAAAACCCGUAAAAAUCUUGGGUUUUAUAUACACAAUUAUAAGUUUCAUCAACCAUUUCAAGUUCUCAUUGAUGGUACAUUUGCAUUUGCAGCGUUACAGAACAAAUUCAACAUACAUGAUCAGCUCAAAAAAUACUUUCAGUCUGAAAUAAAGUUGCUAACAACACCAUGCAUUAUUUGUGAAACUGAAAAGCUUGGUACAAUCUCUGCGGCAGUUAAUGGUGCCAUGCAAAUAGUAAAGCAAUUUAUUAUACAUAAAUGUGGACAUGAAAAGACAUCAAUAAGUGGAUCAAGUUGUUUACUGUCUAUGAUAGGAAAACAUAACAGUUCAAGAUAUAUUAUUGCCACGCAAGAUCGUGAAUUACAAGAUAAGUUGAGGACAAUUCCAGGAGUUCCUAUAAUUUAUUUGCAUGGAAAGACACCCACUUUAGAAUCUGCUUCAGAGGCAAGCCGUAAUUAUGCUGAAGCUAUGCAAAAAGGUUUAGGAAUGACUGCAUGGGAAAAAGAAAAUGUAAAAGCAUUGCGAAAGCAAGCAGGAAUGGCAGAAGAGAAAAAAGAUAAAUUUAAAAAGAAAAAGAAAAAGGGAGGACCAAAUCCACUCAGUUGCUUAAAGAAAAAGAAAAAACCAGAAACGAUAAUAAGCAAAAAUAAUACAUCUGGUAAAGUCAGAAAGAAAAAGAUUAAAAUAGCAUCACACAUUAAAGAAGCUUUAAUAACAGAACUGAAAAAUAAACAGGAAUAAAACUAUGUAGAUAAUACGAUUUUUGAAUUUCGUAUUCCUUAUAUGUAUAGAAAGAAAAAUGUCAAAAAAAGGAAAAUAAAGAAAAAAGGCAUUUUUAUAUAUA